CGGAGGGGUUACAUAAGACUAUCAAAGUGCGUCCCUGAAGCCGACGGAGAGGGGAGACAAGAGAGAAAGCGGAAGGGUCCCAGUCUGACACACGAUUCAUGGCCGCCAAAGGAGGAGCAGCUCCGGCGACGUACUCACCGUCCCCGACAACCUUUAAGAAGAAGAGACCUCCCAUUUUCACCGAUGUUGAUUGGGUACGCCCCGACGGUCGCGAUUUUCACCAGUGCAGACCUGCAUUUUUACGAACGGGAGCUGUAAAUGCAGCAUCAGGAUCUGCUUAUGCAGAGUUUGGUAAUACUAAGGUCAUUGUGUCCAUAUUUGGGCCCAGGGAAAGUAAGAAAGCAAUGAUGUACAGUGAUACUGGUCGCCUAAACUGUAAUGUUACUUAUACAACUUUUGCCACUCCAGUUCGAGGACAGGCAUCAUCAGACAACAAAGAGAUUUCAUCACAACUGCACAAGUCUUUGGAGGGUGCCAUAAUGCUUGAUACAUUUCCCAAAACAACUGUUGAUGUUUUUGCAUUAGUAUUGGAGUCUGGUGGCUGUGAUCUUCCUGUAGUAAUCUCAUGCGCCAGUCUUGCUUUAGCAGAUGCAGGGAUUAUGAUGUUUGAUCUGGUUGCUGCAGUUUCUGUGUCUUGCUUGGGGAAGAAUCUUGUGAUUGACCCUGUUUCAGAAGAAGAAAAUUAUCAAGAUGGUAGUCUUAUGAUUACUUGUUUACCCUCACGUAAUGAGGUAACUCAGUUGACAAUAACUGGAGAAUGGUCUUCCCCAAAGAUUCAUGAGGCAAUGGAACUAUGUCUUGAUGCGUGUUCAAAGCUUGGGAAGAUCAUGAGAUCAUGUUUGAAAGAAUCGGCCUCCACCUCCACCUCCACCUCACAAGAGUAGCUGCUUGUUUAAAACAUAACAUGUAUGUUUGGAUUCCAUUUUUCUCAAUUAAAGAUACAUAAUAGGCACUUUAGUUUUGAAUAUCUUGUUUUUUUUUUAGCAUGUCCAAAUUUUGAACC